AUGUUGACGUUUUCUUUCCUGUUGCUCCUCGGAGGGCUCUUCGCCAGCGCGGGUCUUGUCCACGCCGACAACCCAAUCGCCCAGGACAUUUAUACAACAGAUCCGGCUCCGAUGGUACACGAUGGCCGGGUCUAUGUUUUCACCGGACAUGAAGAAGAUAACUCCACCUGGUUCACUAUGCUAGAUUGGCGUCUGUUCUCGUCAGCAGAUAUGGUUAACUGGCAGCACCAUGGCUCGCCAAUGGACCUAAAGACCUUUGCCUGGGCAGAUCUCAACGCCUGGGCCGGACAGGUCAUUGCUCGGAAUGGCAAAUUCUACUUCUAUGCACCUGUUCGUCAUAAAACAACGGGCGCCAUGGCCAUCGGGGUUGGCGUUAGUGAGAGUAUUACUGGUCCGUACACAGAUGCAUUGGGAUCUCCUCUGGUCGAGAAUGGCGAGAUUGACCCCACAGUAUAUAUCGACGAUGAUGGUCAAGCCUAUCUCUACUGGGGAAACCCCGGUCUUUGGUAUGUGAAGUUAAACGAGGACAUGAUUUCCUACAGCGGGGAUCUCAUCCAAGUCAAUCUCAAAGUUGAGGGAUUCGGCAGUCGAGAAGGUUCCGAGACUGAGCGGGCUACCGCGUUUGAAGAGGGACCAUGGGUUUAUAAGCGCGGUCAUCUUUAUUACAUGGUCUUUGCUGCUAAUUGUUGUUCCGAGAAUAUUCAAUACUCGACGGGUCCUAGCAUUACUGGACCCAGGACCUAUCGAGGGGUCAUAAUGCCGACGCAGGGCGCUAGUUUCACAAAUCACCCGGGAAUUGUGGAUUUCAAGGGCAAAUCAUACUUUUUCUACCACAAUGGAGCUCUCCCUGGUGGUGGCGGCUUCACAAGGUCUGUGGCUGUUGAAGAAUUCGCGUACAACUCAGAUGGUACUAUUCCCGAAAUAAACAUGUCCACAGAUGGUCCUGCACAGGUUGGAACAUUGGACACAUAUUCCCGCCAGGAAGCGGAGACGAUUGCUUGGUCCGAUGGUAUAGAGGUGGAAAGUGCCAGUGACGGCGGCAUUCAUGUCGCUUACAUCAAUAAUGACGACUAUAUCAAAGUCAAGGGGGUUGCAUUCGGCAAAGGCCCAUCGAAGUUUUCUGCUCGAGUGUCGUCCGCAAGCAAUGGUGGAAAUAUCGAGCUUCAUCUGAAGAGCAAGGAUGGAAAAAUUAUUGGAACCUGUUCUGUCCCUCCAACAGGAGGUUGGGAGAUGUGGGAAACCACAAGUUGCUCGAUUAGCAACACUGAGUCCACUCACGACCUUUUCUUCAUUUUCACCGGCGACGAUACUGGAUAUUUAUUCAAUUUCGAUUGGUGGCAGUUUAGCCAGUAA